AUGAGCACUGAUCUGACGUACGAUGAUUUAGAAUCCGCAUCAAACCUUAGCCAAACCCUAGUUCUGGUCGGUCGUACUGGAAACGGGAAGAGUGCUGUAGGGAACAGUAUCCUUGGAAGAAAAGAGUUUAUCUCCAAACCAAGUUUCGUUGGAGUCACUCACACAUGUCAGUCAGCAAGAGUUGUGCAAGAUGAUAGCCAAAUUAUCAAUGUGAUUGAUACUCCUGGUUUGUUUCAAAUAGUAAGGCCAGCUGAUUCAAUCGACGACGAAAUUUCGAGGUGCAUAAAGAUAGCCAAAAACGGAAUCCAUGCUAUCCUAUUGGUGCUCUCUGUGAGGGAUUGUCUUAGAGGAGAUGCCAAAGUUCUUAGUCACUUGCAAACCCUUUUCGGCAGUAAAAUCGCUAACUAUAUGAUCAUUGUCUUUACGGGUGGCGAUGAAUUGGAAGAGAACGAAAUGACGUUAGAGGAAUAUUUGACACAAGAGCCUCCAGAAUUCAUAAAAGAACUACUUGAGCUAUGUGACAACAGAUUGGUAUUGUUUGAUAACAAGACCAAGGAUCAGCUCAAGAGAGUUGAACAAGUUCAGAAGCUUCUCGCACUUGUUGAGUUGGUUACAAAGCAGAACAAUGGUAAACCCUAUACGGAAGAGCCACAGAAGCGAAUUAAAGAAUCAGAAAUGAAGCUAGAGAAACAACUAGCUCCAGAGCAAGCUGCUCCACUUGAAGUCUCAAAAGAAUAUGCUUAA